AUGGAUAGCGAUCUUAGUCUGGACAGCGAGGCCAGUAGCGCCGAUAGUGAUACCGUUGUUGAUUUGAAUGAGAGUCAAGGUUUGCCGUCCGGAUGGGAACUCAGAUACGAUCCGGUCCUUAGUGAAUAUUACUAUAUCAAUGACAAGGAUAGUAUACUACAGUUCGAUUCGCCAUUAGAGGUGGUGAAGAGAAACGAAACCUACUGA